CUCCGCGGCACCCAAACAGAGGCGGAGGCGCUGCUCAGUGGGGAGCGGGGGAAUUGCUUGACGCUUGCAAACGCGGUUGUCUGGCUGGGGUUCGCUUUCUGAGCGGGGCGCUGCUGCUGUUCCCAUGCGGCUGUCGUCGACCAUGUCUCACCACUGUCUCCUCGCCCCGAUACAGGAGUGCCCUGCUGGUUACUUCGUGAAGGACAUUAAGCUGGCCGUGCUGGGCACAGGGAGCGUGGGGAAGAGCGCUAUGAUUGUCCGCUACCUAACCAGGAGGUUUAUUGGCGACUAUGAACCCAACACAGGGAAUCUGUAUUCAAGACUUGUUCAUGUGGAAGAUGACCAAAUUUUCUUGCAAAUUCAAGACACCCCAGGAUGUAUUGAGCUUCAAGAAGACAUCCCACAGAUGUUGGAUUCACUUUCCAGGUGUCUAAAGUGGGCGGAUGGUUUUCUUUUGGUGUAUUCCGUUACAGACUGCCGUAGCUACCAGUCUAUCCGUCCCCUCUUUGAACAGAUCCGGAAGAGCCGUCCAGACUCUAAAACCCCUGUUAUUAUAGUAGGCAACAAAGCGGACUUGACUCAUGCCAGACAAGUAGCAGCGAAGGAUGGCCUACAGCUGGCCAAUGAACUGGACAGUGUCUUUCUAGAAAUCUCCACUAGUGAUAAUUACCAAGGGGUGUGUGAUGCAUUCCAGUAUCUCUGUAAAGAAGUCAGUAAAUUGCACAGCUGCAGCAAUGGGGAAAAAAGGAGAUCGUCCAUCAUUCCACGGCCCAAGUCUCCCAACAUGCAAGACCUCAAGAGACGUUUCAGGCAGGCCUUGUCUUACAAGGUCAAAUGAACGAUCGCCUACUGUCAUAUAGACUGUUUUAUAAACUACACAUUUAUAAGAAGAUUUUAUUUUUUUAUGGAUGGAUGCUGUUGAUGUGUGCCUUUGGAAAAUAUUCCAUUUGCUUGUUUCAACUUUUGUAUCAAAUUUGAAAGAUCAGAAUUGCAACUAGGAUGUGCUGAUGGAAUGCACUUUCACAUGCACCGAACAAAUGCACUUUCAAUCCCCUUUGGGUGCACUUUGCAAUUGGAUUUUACUGUGUGAAGCAGCAAAAUCCACUUGCAGACAAUUGCUAAAGUGCAUUAGGCAGUGUGUGUGUGCGCAAGUGCUAGUUAAGAGGCUAGGGUUCUAUCCCUGUUUUCAACAGUCACUUGAUGUUUAAUUAAAUUAGAAGUAUUUGGAUUUCAGUUUGACAGACAUCAAUAAUACUGACGUGUCUUGAAAUUCAGAGCUUUAGUUUAAUUGGAUUGGGUCUAUAGGGCUGUCCAUCUCUCCCUCUCUGUGCCUUGGUUUCUGGUUCAAAAUACAUUUAAAGCCUCACUGAUUCUAAUAGAACGUUCUUCAAAAGACUGCCAGUUCCUCCUGUGUAUGGACAUGGGAAUAGCGUUACAGGGGUUGACCACUGUUGUAAAAUGCUGUGAGUGGCAAUGAUCUUUCUAUAAUUGCAAAAUGUUAUUAAAGACAGAGUCGUAAAA